CUAGCGAGCCGACCUUUUGGUGAAGAAUAUAAAGGAAGAGACGUGACCGAUCGCCCAAGCGGCUAACAAGCCGAUCAGUGGCGAAGAGGAUAAAAGUAUUAAAGCGCAGUGAUAACAGCAGGCAGACUUGUUUAUAAUCAAUUGGACACAUUUGAACACUGUAUUGAUGUGGCCAGAAGACUCACUGUGAUAUUACAACAUUAAGUUAUGGACGGGUAGUGAUGUAUGCUGAAAAUAAAGCUUUUUUUAAGAUAGUGAAAAUUUAUGUUCUAAGAUGUUUACUGUGAAAAUACUGACACGCUUGAUGUUGUUGUUUAUGUUAGACUUAUGGUGAAAAUUACAAUAGCAAAGGAUUUGGUGAAAGUUAGGACACCAGUGAAGGUGCUGGUGAAAGUUAGGGCACCAGUGAAGGUGCUGGUGAAAGUUAGGGGACCAGUGAAGGUUCUGGUGAAAGUUAGGGCACCAGUGAAGGUUCUGGUGAAAGUUAGGGCACCAGUGAAGGUUCUGAUGAAAGUUAGGGCACCAGUGAAGGUUCUGGUGAAAGUUAGGGCACCAGUGAAGGUUCUGGUGAAAGUUAGGGCACCAGUGAAGGUUCUGGUGAAAGUUAGGGCACCAGUGAAGGUGCUGGUGAAAGUUAGGGCACCAGUGAAGGUUCUGGUGAAAGUUAGGGCACCAGUGAAGCUUCUGGUGAAAGUUAGGACAGCAUAAGUGACGUAGUUGUGUGGUGUGGAGGAGAAGCCUGUGACGUAGUUGUGUGGUGUGGAGGAGAAGCAGCCUGUGACGUAGUUGUGUGGUGUGGAGGAGAAGCCUGUGACGUAGUUGUGUGGUGUGGAGGAGAAGCCUGUGACGUAGUUGUGUGGUGUGGAGGAGAAGCCUGUGACGUAAUUGUGCUUCAGCUGUCAACAUUUACAGUAUUUGUUAAACCUGAACUUUAACAAAAUAAAGAAUAUUUCCUUUAAA